UGCCAUCAGCCAUGGCUGUAGAGAGAGAGGACGCGUGGGUCCGUCUGCAUUUGUGCUCCUCCGCCCACCGAAAAUCUCUCCCUUUCUCCCUUUCGGCAUCUGCCUCUGCCAUAAGUAAAUUGCAGAGCCCGCAGCGGCAGUACCAUGCCAAAUGUUUGACAUAAUGCCUUACAGAUCCUAUAUUUCUUAACUGCUCCCUCUCUCUUCUCCUCGCCUUCUUCCUCCAGUCUCCCGUCUUUUGCUUGCUUGCUUGAUUUCCGUUGGAAUUUGAGCUGCUUGUUUAUUGUUGUACGGUUUGAGUCUGCAGAAUUUAAUAUUGGCAAAAAGGCGGUUUUUUUUUUAUUCAGGCUUCGGUGGUUGACUAGUAUAUGGUCCUUGGCAGCGGCCGAGAUGCCGACGCCGGUUAGCAACGCGCGGGCGUGCCUAGCGGCGGAGACCGCCGCCGCGCUGGACGAUGCUGUGGGAGUCGCCCGCCGCCGCGCGCACAUCCAGACUACCUCCCUCCAUGUCGUUUAUGCGCUUAUCAUCUCUACUUCUUCUUCUUCUGGAGGAAGAGGAGGGGGCGGAGGCGGCUCUUCUGCUCCGUGUUCGAUUCUCCGCGACGCGCUGUCGCGCGCGCGGAGUUCGGCGUACUCGGCCAGGUUGCAGUUCAAGGCGCUGGAGCUCUGCUUCGGGGUGGCGCUCGACCGGCUGCCGUCGUCGAAUCGGCAGGCGGCGGAGGGGAGUGAUGAUCCCCCGGUGUCUAACUCGCUGAUGGCAGCGGUCAAGCGGUCGCAGGCGAACCAGCGGCGGAACCCGGAUACGUUCCACCUGUACCAGCAGCAGCAGCAGACCGCUGCAGCUGCUGGGGGCGCCACGUCCUUCUCCGGGGUGAAGGUGGAGCUGCAGCAGCUGGUACUCGCGAUCUUGGACGAUCCCGUUGUCAGCAGGGUGUUCGGCGACGCUGGCUUCCGCAGCAUGGACAUCAAGCUCGCCAUCCUCCGCCCUCCGCCGCCCAUCCUCCACUUCCCUCGCGCCCCCAGAUGCCCUCCGCUGUUCUUAUGUAAUUUUUCCUCCGGAGAUGGAUUCGAGACGGCGCUCACCUCCAAAGAACUCUUUUUCCCCUUCUCCACAGCGCCGAUUGGGGAUCUUUGCUCAGACGGUGGCGAAGAGAACUGCCGAAGGAUAGGGGAAAUCCUUGCCCGCAAGAAAAGCGGUCAGAACCCGAUGUUGGUCGGAGUGGGCGCCGGCGAGGCAGCCCGAGAGUUUGCCCGGGCUGUCGAGCAAAAGAAUUUGGCAGUUCUGCCGCUGGAGCUCCGUGGAAUAGAGUUCAUUAGCAUUGAAAAAGAGGUGGCCGAACUUGGAAGCCUGGAAAUUUCCACUCUGAUGGAGGAACUGGAAAAGAAAACAGAAUCUUCAGGAGUGGUCCUCAAUAUUGGAGAUUUGAAUAGAAUGGUGGAAGGAAGUGUUAAAUGCGAUGAGCAGGAAAGCUGUUUGGUCUCUGAGCUUACAAGACUGCUGGAGGUCUACCAUGGAAGAUUAUGGUUGAUGGGAUGGUCAACCACAUAUGAAACUUACAUGAAGUUCUUGUCCAAGCAUCCGAUGCUUGAUAAAGAUUGGGAUUUGCAGUUGUUGCCAAUCACUUCGUUGAGCACUUCGUUGGGUGGAUGCAUGCCCAGAUCUCCAAGCUUGAUGGAGUCAUUUGUUCCAUUUGGCGGCUUUUUCCCCACAGCAUGUGAGUCGAAAAGCCUGUUUAGCAGUGUGUAUCAAUCAAUGUUUUGCUAUGAGAAUUGUAAUGACAAAUACAAGCAAGAAGCUGCUGUAAAUAUUAAGGAUCAUUCAGCUUCAUUUGGUGGUCAGGAAAAUGCAAACAUGCCUUUUUGGCUACGUAAAGCUAAUAUGGUUAGCUUGCAAGACGAACACGACGGAGCAAAGGAUAAGACACUUUCGGGGGUUAAAUCUCUUGAUCUCCAGAGAACCAAUAAAGAAGAUUGUAGUGUUCUUUGUUCUGCCACUAUUCCUAAUAACAAGAAGGCCUGCACUCAAAAUACAGAAAUUCAUGAUGAUGCUGAAACUGAAAGAGGGAUUGAUUCAUAUCCUAUUUCUGCAUGUACACAAAAUACCUCCAUGAGAAGUAAGAGUAUGUCGUUGCUGGGAAAUAAGGACUUGUCUAGAUUACAGAUUAGAUUUUCAGAGACUGAACAAUUCCAGAGAGAGAAUUUCCUAUCUCACCAAGUUGAUGAUCAUGCUUCACCUUCCUCUGUAACAUCAAUUAUGACAGACUUGGUAUUGGGGACUCCUCACGAGCCUAUUUACAACAAGGAAAGUUCUGAUUUGCAACUGCAAAAAGAUCAUUCCAAAGAGUUCUCUGCUUCUUGGCCACCGAAGAAACUUCAUAUGGUCAAAGGAAACGACCCAGGUUUACGAACGCAAGAAGUUCAUGUUGAAGAGUUCUCCAGUUCUUUGCCAACAAUGACGGUUGAUAUAGUCCGAGGAAAUGGCCCAGAUCUUCCUCUUGAAUCCUUUUCUUGCUCUGACCAUCAAGAACCCAAAUCAAAAAGUAGUCCACUUAUUGUAACUCCAUCAUUCUCACAUAUCUCAAGUGGUUGUACUUCUAUGGAUGAUAAACCUUCAUCCGCCUCGCCUGCUACAGGACAGACAAUCGAUAUUGGUAAUUAUAAAUCAUUUUGUACUAGGCUCAUGAAUAAACUUGGCCGACAAGAAGAAGCAAUUAGUGCUGUUAGUCAAGCUAUAAUUGAUUGUAAAACUGGUCAAAGACGCCGUGGAGGAAUCCUGAGAGGGGAUAUUUGGCUCAUUUUUGGCGGUCCUGAUAAGAUUGGAAAGAGGAUAAUGGCACUGGCUCUUGCAGAAAUGAUUUAUGGAAGCAAAGAAAAUUUUGUGUGCAUUGACCUAAGUUGCCAGGAUAUUUUUCCUUGUCCCAAAACCAUUUGUGCCCGACAGAAUGUCCAUGGCAAUGGAGUCCAUUUCAGAGGGAAAAUGAGCGUAGACCAUAUUGCUCAAGAGUUAAGUCGCAAACCACUGUCUGUUAUAUUCCUUGAGAAUGUAGAGAGAGCUGAUUUGCUUGUUCAGAACAGCUUGUGCCAAGCUAUCGAUACUGGCAAAUUUCCUGAUUCACAUGGCAGGCAAUUUAGUGUAAAUAAUUCCAUAUUUGUCUUGGCUGCUUCAUCAACGCAAGGUCAGACUUUCUUUGAGAGGAAAGACUACCCUAUUUUUUCUGAGGAGACUAUUUUGGAUGCUCGGUGUUGGCAAAUGAAGAUCAUCUUGCAAUCUGCUCCAGAGUCUAUUUGCAUCCCAAAAUCUAAUGUCUCAUUGUCGAUUACUCCAAAGACCAGGAAUGAUCGACUAUAUGUAUAUUCACCCUCCAUUUUCUUGAGCAAGCGCAAGCUCAAGGUGUCCGAUGGCUGUGAAAAUGGAACUUUGCAAUCUGCUAAAAGGGCACACAAAACUGCAAAGAUGUUCUUAGACUUGAAUGUUCCAGUAGAAGAGCUUGAAGCUCUAGAUAGCAAUUCCGCCGGUCAGGAAGAGCUCCCUGACGUUGAAAUUUCAAAAGCAUGGAUGGAAGACUUAUUUAAUAGAGUCGAUCGGGUGGUGGAUUUCAAGCCUUUUGAUUUUGAUGCCCUUGCUGAAAUCAUGUUGCAGAACGUGAGCAAGACCUUCCACAGUACUGUAGGCCCAGAUUGCUUGUUGGAGAUAGAUCCCAAAGUUAUGAAUGAGUUACUCGCAGCAGCAUGGCUAUUAGAAACCAGAGGAGCUUUGGAUUAUUGGUUCGAUAAGGUCCUCGGCAAGAGUUUCACCGAGGCAAGGUGCACAUACAAGCUCUCAAAUAACAGCAUUCUAAGACUUGCUUGUGACGAUGUGCUUGCAGAGAAGAAUGCACCUGGAGUUCUCCUCCCUUCAACAGUUAUCGUAGAUUAACAAUUGAUAGAUGGCAUUAAAUGUAUAAUGUAGCAUUAGUAAUAUGUGAAAUAAUUGUAAUGUCAUUUGUCCCUUGGGCUUUCUGAGAUGUUGUCCCUUUAGCUUGCAGUGUAAAUUGCUCAGUUUGCAGUUGAAGAAAGUUGUAGUUUAGCCUCUGAUAAACUCAUCAGCCUUCAGUAUCAGUUGGUCUGAUGAGAAGGGGAGCAAGUUGUUGCUGCUGUCUUUCUCAUCAGAAUGUUUGUAACUAAAUAACAUUUUAUCAAACAAUGGCAUGCAUCUGCAGCUUCAAUCCAGGGCUGUAUAUUUUGCUUCCAAGAUA